AUGGAAACUAAAAUCCCCAAAUCGAUGAUCGCCGGAGUACAGAGCGUCAUGCCGGUUGAAGUGACGCAACAUCGUAAAGUCCGUUCCAUAACCGUCGAAGAUCCAGUCGGAGUAGGAAUAUUCCGGCGAACACUAAACAUGGUUACGUACUACAAGCAAGCAGAAGCAGGUGAUAGUGGUGAGAGAGGGUGGCUAGUCGCCGGUUGGAUCAAGGAGUCGUUAGGGAGAGCCUUGACGGAGCAGCCGAUGAUUUCCGGUAGGCUGCGGCGGAGAAGAACAUCGACGGAGGAGGAUGGUCUAGAGCUAGAGGUGGUUGCUAACGACAGUGGCGUUAGGCUGGUGGAGGCUAGGUUUCCGGCGAGUUUGCCGGAGUUUAUUGAGAUGGUGAAGAGAGACAAAAGCAGAGCUGAGGCAGAGACUGUAUUCUGGAGAGACAUUGAUGAAGAUAAUCCUCAAUUCUCUCCAUUGUUCUAUCUUCAGGUGACUAAUUUUGAGAAAGGUGGAUACGCGAUUGGGAUAAGCUGCAGUCUAUUGAUAGCUGAUAUCCUCCUUGAGACAGACUUCUUGACCAAAUGGGCUCAAAUCCAAAGCUCUUUAGCUCAUUCCAAAACCACACUCAAACCAAUCUUCCACCUCCCAUCACGCAAGAAAGACAAAGACCUUGGUCAUUUCCUCGUUGACUUUUCUAGGUCACCCUCGGUUCUCGACCGUGGAGAACCCCUUGUUUUCCGGGCCAAAACAUGCUCGGAGAUGUCACUAGCCACCGUGAAAGACACUGUCCGCGAAAGAGCGAGUUCGGAUGUAUUCUUGUUCGUCAAGGAACAAGGCGAUGGUAUGAAGGUAGAGAUACAUUCGAGAUCAGAUGAAGCGAUUAGCGAUUGCGAUUGUGGUGGCGUUUUGGAGGAGACAGUCGUUGGAGUAGUUAAUGUGAGUUUAGCGUUUCAGGACAAAUUGGAAGGCAGUUCAUGUUGGGUUGGGUCUGUCUCAAAAGGACUUGUGCUUGUCGUCCCAUCUACUUUUGGAGAUACAAAGUCGGUUGCCAAAUUCGUUGUCGCAUUGCCAAAAAAGUAACUCAUCAAUAUCAAUGAGAUAACUAUUUAAUUGUAUGUUUCGAUAGUUGAAUAAUAAGUGUUGUCAAUGUUUAUGUAAAUCGAAGAAGCAACUACGUAUUAUAAUAGUUUUUGAGAUAUUGAUUUUGGUAUCAUGUACACUGUUGGUAUCCUGUGAUGAUAUUAUUACAUACAAUUUGUAAUAAAAAGUCAA